AUGUCUAAGUUGCCCAGCGAGUUGUUGUGCGAAGUCAUCUGCCCGCGGGCGAAGACUGGGGAGAAGGACAACAUCAUUUCGACUUUUAAGAAGGUCUUUGAGAUUUCCACCGAGUCCGCAGCCGCAGAGGGAUCCGAGCCACCCUUCGGACUUAGAGUCUUUGACAACGUGGAAGGGCAACCGGAAGAGGCAGGGUUGUUUUUGUUCUGGCGAUCGAUUGCCCACCACGAUGGACUCUCGCAGACUCCCGGCUUCGCUCCGGCGGCUCAAAUGGUCGGCGACAAGAUCACGCCGAACCUGGAAACACCACUCCAGCCGUACUACCUCUGGACCCGACAGGUCGAUGUCGCACUUCUCGAGGCACCUUGCUGUGAAGUUAUCGAGAUCAAAGUUCAAGACUCUUCUGUCAAUGCCGUUCAGUUUGAAGAAGCCAUGAACAAGGUGUUUGACAGUUUGAAACUUCCACGAGGGUUCCUGGGAGUAUUUUACGGUCCUCAACAUGAGAACCCCGGCACAUUCAUCUUGGUGACCAAAUGGGAAGGCUCCAAAGGUGUCGUCAACAACGAUUCGUGGCUACGAGAGAGUGAGGAAAGUUUACAGAGCAUGUUUGGAGGAAAGGCACGUAUCCAAAGUAGAAGGCAGAUGUACUCUUAG